AGUAGCUCUUUUAUUCUGAAAUGUUCGUACGGAAGUGUAGAUCGUGAUGCUUGUAACGGAGGAAACCUUAGCGUAACUUCCAGGAAAUCAGUAUCAUCACCAUCAUCACUCCGAUCAAAACAGAGUUAUCGGUGAAUAGUUUAUCGGACUCGCAGAUCCUGAAUGUGGUGAAUCCUUAACAAACAAACACCCAGAGAGACUAACCGGAAACGCUGCUUUGUACCAUCCUCCAGUCUACACUGUUAGCUUUAGCUGCCUUUAGCUUAGCUAAGCUUACCCCAGCGUGAGUGGUUCUGUUGGACCUGGAAAGCUUUGGAUCGGCACCGUUUUUAGUAUGGGAGCUCAUCGCACUGAGGGUCAGGACUGGAUCGUGCAGGACGGUCCGGAGCACCCGGAGCAGAACCCAGUAAGGACUACAGCUAAGAGAGGCUAGCAUGCUAGCCUGGUCUGAACUCUGUGUUUAUAUGCUGUCAGUGUCAAGAGGUCUGUUUGGUUUAAAAUAUCGACGAAAAUGACUCAGGGGUCGUGUAUCGUGAUAUAAUUAUUGUCGUAGGUUCCGUACCGGGUCCCAUCUUAUUGUAUUGUGUUUUGUAUGUCAAAAUGCAGCUUAGACAUCGAUACUAGAAGUUAGAACGCUGAGUAAAAUGUUGAUUUAAACUGGAAAAUUAUAAUUUCAGUUAGAAUUGGUGUAAUGUAUACGAAUGAGUAAAAUAAACUAUAUAUCCCUACCUUAAGUUUGACAUUGGGAGAGGGGCGUGUUGAAAUGUUGAAUGGACUGUGUUUAUGCUGAGCACUCUCAGGUCAUCUGAAGACUCAAAGCUCUUACAUCACACAUUCAUCCAUUCACACCACAUCCACACACUGAUCUAGACUGCUUUUUGCAACAGGGGGUGAACCAUUGAGAACCAAGGAUACCAGUUUCUGGAUUUCUGAAAGUGGGCUGUUGUCCAAUUCUUGCCUUUGCUUUUGAUUCCUCAAACCACAGGACAGUUUUCCUCUUCCCCUCAGCCCAUCUUAAAUAGGUUCAGGUCCAGAGAAGUCUAUGCUGUUUCUGGAUCAUGUUUAUAUCUGUUUUCCUCUUUGCAUGGCUCAGUCUUAACCUACAUUUGUGAAUGCACUGAUGACUGUUUUCACAGAAAGUGAUUUAGAGCCUGUGCAGUGAUUUCUGAGUCCUGUCUAUUUGAAAUGCCACCUGAAGGCCUGAAGAUCAGGACCAUCGAGUAACGAUUUUGGUUCUCGCCCCUUUUGUACAGAGAUUUCUCUGAACCUUUUAAUGAUAUUAUGUUCUGUGAUGAAAUCCACUCAUUCUUUGAUACUCAGGAACAUUAUUCUGAUAUUGUUGAACUAUUAGCUCACACAGUCUCUCACAGAGUGGUGAACCUCUUCCCAGCUUACCUUCUGAGAGACUCAGCCUCUCUGAAUGUCCUUUUUAUAUCUGGCCAUGUUAUUAACCUUUAGUUGUUCCUCUAGUGUUUUUUUGGCAUGAAACAACUUUUGAGCAGUUUGUUUUCUCCAUCAACAACUUUAAAGAAAGCUGUUGCUAGCAUUGACCCAAAACACUCAUAUUUCUCUAAUAAUUAUGACCUUUUUCAUGUAGUAUUAGCACUAUUUUUAAUUCAAUAUAAGCUCAAUGAUUGGCAAACAAUCAAAAUUUGAUUUAACUGUAUUUUAAUCAGUGUCCAAACUUGAUCAGAAUUGGGGUUGUGUAUAUGCUUUAAAAAUUACCGAACCAUCAUGUUUUGAUUGAAUAGAAAAGUCAAAGUUCAUCUUCACCUGCUGAGACAUUUAAAGGAAAUAAAGAGUCAAACAGGUGUUUUAUGUUUACAGGCAUGUUCAACUUCUCUCUGAAUCAGGACUAAUACAUUACUUUUUUAUUGAUGAAAUGUGUGUGUGUGUGUGUGUGUGUGUGUGUGUGUGUGUGUGUGUGUGUGUGUGUAGAAUCCAUGGAACCUGAUGAUCAAGCACAGACAGAUCCACAGGCGAGGACGGCGUUCACACAUGACAGUCAGGUCAGUACUGGUGUAUACUGGGGUGAACUGGUGCUGCUUCAGUCAGCAGGACUGUGCUGGUGUCUCCCACUCUGAAGGUGAAGUUCAGAGCCAUUCAGGUGUUGGGGGAUUUCUUUUUUAAUUGAAUCUUUAUUUAACCAGGUGAUGACACAUUCAGUUCCAGUUCCCUUGUGUGUGAGGUCUAAUCACGAUUGUGUAUGUGUGUAGCUACACUGAUCCUCAGGUGUCCAUGGACUUGCUCAGGGCGGUGCUUCAGCCCAGCUUCAAUGAUGACAUCAUGGCUGUGUUCAGGAAGUACCAGAAGGUCAGAUUUUACAAAAGUGCUUAGAGGCUAAUACGGAUGAGGAGAAGAUUAAGGUUUUUGUGAGUUUUGUUGAUGUUUGUUGUUGUGUUUGUUUUAGUUCUUUGACAAAGCUGCAGAGAAUGUGAAGGAGAACGUCGGUGAUGACAUCCAGACUGAUCAGCUGAUCAAAGAGGCCUGCAGGAAUGUCCUUGAACAUGUAAGAUCACUUGGCAUCAAAUUGUAUGAUUGGCUUAAGUUUCCAAGUCUAAUGUUCUUGUCCUCAGUGAGAUCAUGUUUUUACUGCGAUGUCAUCACCAGGCCAAACAGCUGUUCCCAGAGGCGGAGGUAAAAAGGGCGGGGCCAGAGGUCACAAUCAAGGUAAGAAUGGACCAAUGAGAUCACUGUGAACCUAUUUUAAUCUGGUUCAGCUCUGACCUGAUUCUUCAUGUCCUGUCAGAGGUCCAGACCAGCUGAUGAAGACUACAGUCAGAGAGGAAGCCCCCUCCUGAAGAAGGUACUGCCACCUGUGACCAUCUCAGGUGUUUUAUUGACAGUCAGGUGACCAAUAUCAGCUGACAUCAACUUUACAAAACAUAGAGGAUCAUUGAGUUGAUUGACAGCCUCUAAGGUGCCUGAAUUAUUGACUGCACAGAAUAAAACAAAACCAAAUCAAACCCGACAGGUGUGACAGACUGUGGAGGCAGACCUGUUAGAGUGUGUAAAGGAUAAAAACAGAUGGGGAAGAUAUUUGUUAACAUUCAAGGGAUAAAUACAAGAGUGACAGGAACCACAGGUUUGACAGGAUCCAGAUCCAGAUAGGUGUGACAGAAAUCAGCCACCACUGGAUAACAUGUGCGACAGGUGUGAAGUAUUGAAACAUUAUCGUAUGUGACUUGUGUGUCUCUUUAGAGAAGGGCCCGUCCAGGUGUCUCUGCUGCCCAUGACAGACCUCACAGCUUCUCCACACAGUGAGUAUCUGAGACGUGACAGGUGACAUCAUUAUCAGUAUUCAGGUAGAUCCCAACACCAACCCGUGACUGUGUCUGUCCUCAGGGCGAAGCCUAAAUCUGAGCCAAUCAAGAGGGAGGGACCAAAGGUGAGUUUGAGAAAGGGGCAGUUCACCCAAACUCUCCCCUCAGGUGUCACCAUCAGUCAGGUGGCUCCUGAAUGUCCCUGACAUUAUUUCUGGAUAAAUAAUACAGGUGUAUAUUUAUUCACAUUAUCUUUUGAGGAUUUAAAUUUCGAACAGCAAACUCACACAAUGUGUAAACUGCUGACUCAGCAAUGUUGGCAUCCUAACCAGUGCUUCUAAUUCAAAAAUAGUGUGCUGACUUCAAGCUAGUUUGAGGCACCAACCUAUUUGCUUUUAUAUUCAAACUAAUUUAUCUCUAUUUAUUUGUUGUUUCAAGUGAACCACUUGCUCACAAAGUUCUUUUCCAUCUUGGUGACUCAUUUUGGUUGAAAAAUAAUUAAGAGACCUGUUUGUUUACUUCAGUGGGAUCCAUCCAGACUGAAUGAGAACAGCACGUUUGUCCUUGGCUCCCGAGCAAACAAGUGAGUAGAUAUGAUGUUAGUCUUUGUAUCCAAUCUCUAACCAGUAUGGCUUUGACGUUUCUGUUUCUGGGCAGAGAGGUAAAGCUUGCAGGUAUUUCUGCAGGCAUUCGCCAUUUUUGGAAGUUGAUUUUUGCUCUUUUUGUUCCUUUGAUUAGCGAACAGGACAGUGAAUAAAGUAUAGAGAAAAAAAAUGGUAGGGAGAGUUGUAACUGACAUGGGUCAAGGGGGAACAGGUUGGAAUCAAACUGAGCCCAUGACAGUUCACAGGAAAAAUGAUAAAGGCUGAAUUCAAGCUGCCAGGAAGCCAUUCUCAAAUCCGUCAGCAGCAUAGACUAUAUAUGAAAAAUUAAAACCAUAACAGUUCACUGACUGUGAAGCCAUUGAAACAGGUCAAAUUCAAACUAUAAAAUUAAAACUUUUAUCAAAUAAAUGUUUCUAUAACUUGGUGUUAUUAUAAUUAGUUGAUGUCAUGCUGUUUAUGCCCAAGUGUUCAUUUAUCUGAGGAGUUUACUCUAAUUUGAUUACAAAAUGCUAGAAAAAGAUGAUCGAUUGACAGCCCUGUUGACCAGUGAGGCUCCUGUAGUUCUCUGCGCACAAACACAAGUCAUUGAACUUUCCAUUACUGUUAGUGUCUACUUCAAACCCACACAUGAACCUGUUCUGCUAUGAUCUACCUGAAGGAGUUUUGACAGAGUGAAGAUAAGUUAUAUCUGUGACGUAGUGAAAAGAUUGUGACAUCUGUCCUCUGUACUAGCCAGAUCACUUCUGCACAUGCCUUUGCUGCUGCAGUGCAGUACAUCAGCUGUGAUGUUGGUGGUCUUUUGGCUUCAUAUCUACUAAUGGGUGGAAAUAAAAAUACUAUAUAUCCAACAAUCAGCAGUUACCCAAUGUUGACUUAUCAUUUAUUAACCUCUAUAAACUGGAGUUGUCUCUGUUCAAAAAAUGUUAAACUUCAGUGUAAGUUGAGCAAAAAUGAAGUAUCAAUGCACGUUUUGUUGCCACGGAAACAGUAAACUCGUAGGUGCCCACAUCAGGGGCAGUUUGUAGAAACUAUUUUUAACCUGAAAAACCAUUACACUGGUCAUUUCAAACACUGUGUGAGUCAUCGAGUUGUGAUGUCACUCUGCAGGGCGCUGGGGAUGGGCGGGACCAGAGGACGCAUCUACAUCAAACACGCGGAUCUGUUCAAGGUAAACACACAGACACAGCCACACACAAUGAGUAGGCCUCUGAGCUUUAUUCUGAACUCUAGCCCUAACCCUGUCUGUGUUUGUGUUUCAGUAUGCAGCUGAUGCCAAGGAUAAGCAGUGGUUGGCAGAGAGACACCAUAUGAGGGCGACAGGAGGGAAGAUGGUGAGGAAACACGCAGACACUAAACGCAAUUUAUUCUGAUUUUAGACCAGCUACACACAUCACAACUUAUUUUCUGUGAGCACUCUGAUCUCACAAAAAAUAUAAAUAUGAAUACAUUAUUUAUAAAUGUACUUUAUAAAUAAAUGUAACAAAACUGAAUGACAAUUGAAGUAAGAGUAUCAAGCAGCUUGAUGGUAACAAAUAAUCACAGAAACCUACACAGGAAUCAGCCCACUGUUUGUUUGUACAACUGCAUUUGAACAUACUGGUGUAACUCAGGUGUUUGUGUCUUCAGGCCUACCUGCUGAUCGAGGAGGACAUCCAGGAUUUGUCUCGCAGUGACGAAUACAAGUAAGUCUGACAUCAUUCUCUGUUGCCAUGGUAAACAACCUGAACAGUAUUGUAAUCUGUGGCUGCCAUAGCAACAGCUGUGUGUGUGUGUGUGUGUGUGUGUGUGUGUGUGUGUGUGUGUGUGUGUGUGUGUGUGUGUGUGUGUGUGUGUGUGUGUGUGUGUGUGUGCCUGCAGGGACUGUCCUGAUGUCAAGAUGGAUGAGAUGAAGCCGUUCUCAGUUCCUCCCUGGAUGGUGGAGAAGAUGCAGAGAGCCAUGGAGGCUCAGAGAGAUGCUGACCUCUAACCCCUGUGACCCCAACACACACACAUUGAUGAUAUGAUCUUUGACCCCACCCCACUGAAGGUGUCUAAACAAAGAACCUGCCAUAUUCUGUUAAAACUGGUGGGCCAAUCAGAGUGCAGGAAUUGAUCAUGUGACCGUCAGGCUCUGGUUGGCUGCCACUAAUUUUGUAUUUACUGCUUUUUAAAAAAAUAAUAAAAUAAAAAUCUUUAUUUACAUGUGGA